CCGGCCGGCUUCGGGAUGUGAAGCUGCCCCUCUCUGAGUCGCGACGCGACUCCCCCUCGGGCUGGGGGCAAAUGGUGCGCUAUUUCUAGGCGCGCCUCAGUGUUCCUUCCCUCUCCCUGCGCCUCCUGGAGCCGCUGCGGUGCGCCGCAGCUCCCUGACGCCCUCGGGUGGGCCGGCAAGGCGCCGGGGGUGUUCACAGCUUGGCACCGGCGUUCCCGACCCCCGGGCACUGCCAAGCACAGCUUCCCCACUCUCUACGACUCGGAAGCUCCGUGCGUGUCCCGGGAGUUUGCUUCUGGCCUGGCCUUUUUCCCCCUGCCACCACCGGCCUCGGGCGCUGUAACAGGCGGCUCUACGCUCCGUCAGGAGCCACCUCUUGGGUCCGGCGGGCGCCCUCGCCCUGGGCGGCUCGCCCACCCCGGGCUCGCUGCCCACGGUGCCAGCUCUGCCGUAGAUCUCCCCAGCCCGCCGCAGCGGCCUAUGCUCGACGUAGGUUUUUCUUUGCCCUUCGGAGCCGUGAGGGACUGGAUUUUCUUCCCUUCUGCCUUCCCCUCGAUGGUCAGAGCGGGGCUGGCCGGGACUGGGCAUUUCUGCUCUCUCUCUCUCUUUGGCGAGGCGGUUCCUUGCCGUCUGACCUUUGCUCUGCUGCCGCAUUUUAUGCUGUGCCAGCUGCCUUGCAGUUGCCUUUUUCUUCCCCGGCCUCUGCAGGGCCCGAGGCUCCUCGGCCUCCUCGUGCCUCCCUAUCUCCGGGCACCGAGCUGUGCCAGGUCCCGGGGCCCCCGGGCCGCGCUGGGGCUGUGGUAGGGGCUGAAGGUGCGUUUCCAUAACGCCGGGCGUGUGGGAGCUGGAGGAAGAGGCUGCGUGCGUAGGAGAGAUAAGGCUCCCGCUUUCUCUCUCCUUCCUUCUUGGUGGUACCAGGCUUGACAUCACCGAGAAGAGAGAAGGAUAGAGACGGGCCCCUAGAAGCCUGCUUCUCUGCACAGCCCAGGACCUCUGGCCCCAUGGAGCCCCCGAUCCCACAGAGCGUCCCCUUGACUCCCAGCUCAGUCAUGGUCCAGCCCCUUCUGGACAGCCGUAUGGCCCACGGCCGGCUCCAGCACCCCCUCACCAUUCUCCCCAUCGACCAGAUGAAGACCAGCCACGUGGAGAACGACUACAUCGACAAUCCUGGCCUGGCACCCCCCACCGGCCCCAAGCGGACCCGGGGUGCAGCCCCAGAGCUGGCCCUGACACCCGCCCGCUGUGACCAGGACAUCACCCACCACUGGAUCUCCUUCAGCGGGCGCCCCAGCUCUGUGAGCAGCAGCAGCAGUACGUCCUCUGACCAGCGCCUCCUAGACCACAUGGCCCCCCCGCCCGUGGCUGACCAGGCCUCCCCGAGGGCCGUGCGCAUCCAGCCCAAGGCCAUCCACUGCAAGCCACUGGACCUCAAGGGCCCGGCCGUCCCCCCAGAGCUGGACAAGCACUUCUUGCUGUGCGAGGCCUGCGGGAAGUGUAAGUGCAAGGAGUGCGCGUCCCCCCGGACGUUGCCCUCCUGCUGGGUCUGCAACCAGGAGUGCCUGUGCUCCGCCCAGACGCUGGUCAACUAUGGCACCUGCAUGUGCCUGGUGCAGGGCGUCUUCUACCACUGCACCAACGAGGACGAUGAGGGCUCCUGCGCCGACCACCCCUGCUCCUGCUCGCACUCAAACUGCUGCGCCCGCUGGUCCUUCAUGGGCGCCCUCUCCCUGGUGCUGCCCUGCCUGCUCUGCUACCUGCCCGCCACCGGCUGCGUGAAGCUGGCGCAGCGCGGCUAUGACCGCCUGCGCCGCCCAGGAUGCCGCUGCAAGCACACGAACAGCGUCAUCUGCAAGGCAGCCGCCGGGGACGCCAAGGCCAGCAGACCCGACAAGCCUUUCUGACACCUGGGGUCAAGUCCCGGCGCUUCCCCCUGGAAACUUGGUUCCCUUCUCACACCUGAGAGGGGGCCACCACAGCGAGGCCAGAGGUUUUAGCAUCCUCAGGCUGACCCUGCCAGUCUGCCCACUCCCUACCCCCAGCUUCUGAAGAAACAGAGACCACAAUCGCCCAUCCUUCUCUUCCCCAAAAGGAUGAAGAAGCACUUUGGGUUUUUUUGGUUUUUUUUUU